GCCACACUAGACACGCGUAGACCCGCUACGAUCUAGCGCGAUACAACUUCGGAACUUUUAAUACUUUUCUAACUAUCGAAUUAUUUUAUGUGCUGUGUAAAUUUAUUUGCAAGCGUUUGAUGUGAUUAGAAGGUAGUUUAGAAUGACUUAAAGUAACAAUGGCUCCUUUAAGAGUAUUAAGUGAUUUUUCGGACGAUUUUCAAAACUCUUCAACUCAACAUCCAGGGGAGCGACAUCAUUUCAGGCACAGGAACCACUCGCGGGACCACGCAAGGAAUCAUUUCGUAGAUGUCAUAUCGAACUCUAUAAUGGAGGUGAUAAAUACGAGGUUCGUGCCGGAGAACAGCGUACUGCCUGACAUGGAGCCGCUGUCCACUCACAUGGAUGAAAGGCACCCGUUACGGAUGAACAUAACGAUGAAUAGAUCUGACUUUGGCGCGAUUGACAAUGAAUUUAUGUAUAGACACAGUGGUGCGAUGACUGCAGUUUACUGUGUGGCAUAUCUUCUAGUGUUUAUCGUCGGCCUAGUCGGGAACUGCUUCGUGAUCGCUGUGGUGUACCGCUCCCCUCGGAUGCGAACUGUGACCAAUUUUUUCAUAGUGAAUCUGGCUGUUGCUGAUAUAUUAGUGAUCGUUUUCUGCUUACCCGCCACUCUAAUGUCCAACAUAUUUGUCCCAUGGGUGCUCGGCUGGCUGAUGUGCAAGACAGUGCCCUACGUGCAAGGACUGUCCGUGGCGGCGUCCGUCUAUAGUUUGGUCGCAGUAUCACUUGAUAGAUUCUUGGCCAUCUGGUGGCCCUUGAAAUGCCAGAUCACGAAACGCCGAGCCAGAAUGAUGAUCGUCUUCAUAUGGAUCUUCGCUAUACUCGUCACUACGCCUUGGGUGUUUUUCUUCGACUUGGUUGUUGUGUUCGACGACAACCCUCACGUUCGUCUCUGCCUGGACGUCUGGCCUAACCCCAUCAGCGAAGUUCUGUACUUUGUCAUCGGAAACCUCAUAUUCUGCUACAUUCUACCCAUGGUACUGAUAACAAUGUGCUAUAUUUUGAUCUGGAUUAAGGUGUGGCGUCGGUCCAUUCCCACGGAUACCCAAGACGCCCAAAUGGAAAGAAUGCAACAGAAGUCCAAAGUCAAAGUUGUAAAAAUGUUGGUAGCAGUUGUGAUUCUCUUCGUGCUGUCCUGGUUUCCACUUUACCUAAUCUUCGCAAGGAUAAAAUUAGGCGGACCGGUUCAAAAGUGGGAGGAAGAAAUGUUCCCAGUAGUAACGCCUCUAGCCCAAUGGCUCGGAGCAUCAAAUUCUUGCAUUAAUCCGAUCCUAUACGCAUUCUUCAAUAAGAAAUAUAGGAAGGGAUUCGUUGCGAUUAUUAAAAGCAGGAAAUGUUGCGGCAGGCUGCGUUAUUAUGAAACGAUCGCAUUACAAUCGUCAAGUACGUCUACGCGGAAAUCGUGGCAUUACAAUAACAACAACCACGCUUCGAUGACACGACGGUCACCACCGGUUGAUAAGAAUGCGGUGUCUUUCAUAUUCAAUAACACGGGUGUCUAAGAUAUCCGUCUAGAAUAUUUGGUGUUAAAAUAUGACCUUUGGUCCAGAGUCUCGUAUGAUUUGCAAAGCAAAUAGAGACGUUAUUCUGCAUAUCGACAUAACAGUUUUGUGCUUGAAUUUAAGUUCGUCAGUUUGGUGUCGUCCUGUGUCAUAAUCGAUUACUCGACUCGCGUGACAAUUCAAUAAUCUAGUGAAGUAAAUUAUUGUAUCAUGUUUUAAUGUAAUUAUAUGUACUUUUAUACGUAAUUCGAUAAAAUGUAUAUAAAUAAAUAACUAUGGAGUGAAAACGCA